UCCCAGCGAGAGCGACAGAGAUGAAAGCCUCUAUUCUUCUUCCUCUUCUCGCUCUCCUUUUUGCAAACGUGGCCAUCAACCAAAACAGCAUGGCUGCAGCUAGCAACCCAACAAGUAUAGCUGGCUCCCAAAACUCCACGGGUGUCACCACGGACCCCUCUCCUUCCGGCCCGGGCCCUGGCAACUCCACGGACCCCGACAACACCACGAAUCCCGCUCCUCCCGUCCCAGACCCUGACAACCCCACCAACCCCGACAACUCCACGAACCCUGACAACACCACGAACCCCGCUCCUCCCGUCCCAGACCCUGACAACCCCACCAACCCCGACAACUCCACGAACCCUGACAACACCACGAACCCCGACAACACCACGAACCCGGCUCCUCCGGUCCCAGGCCCCAGCAACCCCAUGAACCCCAACAACUUCACAAACCCUGGCAACACCACAAACCCUGACAACACCACAAACCCCGACAACACCACAAACUCUGACAACACCACGAACCCUGCUCCUCCGGUCCCAGGCCCCAGCAACCCCACCAACCCCGACAACUCCACCAACCCCGGCAACCCCACAAACCCCGACAGCUCUACCAACCCAGGCAACUCCACAAACCCUGGCAACCCCGAUAACUCCACCAACCCCAGCAACUCCACGAACCCUGGCAACCCCACAAACCCUGACAACUCCACCAACCCCGGCAACCCCACGAACCCUGACAACUCCACAAACCCCGGCAACUCCACAAACCCCGGCAACCCCACGAACCCUGACAACUCCACCAACCCCGGCAACCCCACCAACCCCGACAACCCCACGAACCCUGACAACUCCACCAACCCCGGCAACUCCACGAACUCUGACAACUCCACCAACCCCGGCAACUCCACAAACCCCGGCAACCCCACGAACCCUGACAACUCCACCAACCCCGACAACUCCACGAACCCCGGCAACCCCACCAACCCCGACAACUCCACGAACCCCGGCAACCCCACGAACCCCAACAACUCCACGAACCCCGGCAACCCCACCAACCCCGACAACUCCACAAACCCCGGCAACCCCACGAACCCUGACAACUCCACCAACCCCGACAACUCCACGAACCCCGGCAACCCCACCAACCCCGACAACUCCACGAACCCCGACAACUCCACGAACCCCGGCAACCCCACCAACCCCGACAACUCCACAAACCCCGGCAACCCCACCAACCCCGACAACUCCACGAACCCCGGCAACUCCACGAACCCUGGCAACCCCACGAACCCCGGCAACUCCACCAACCCCGGCAACCCCACCAACCCCGACAACUCCACGAACCCCGGCAACCCCACGAACCCCAGCAACCCCGGCAACUCCACGAACCCCGGCAACUCCACGAACCCCGGCAACCCCACGAACCCCGACAACUCCACCAACCCCGGCAACUCCACCAACCCCGGCAACUCCACGAACCCCGGCAACCCCACGAACCCCGACAACUCCACGAACCCCGGCAACCCCACGAACCCUGACAACUCCACGAACCCUGGCAACUCCACGAACCCCAGCAACCCCGGCAACUCCACCAACCCUGGCAACUCCACGAACCCCGGCAACUCCACGAACCCCGGCAACUCCACGAACCCCGGCAACCCCGGCAACUCCACCAACCCUGGCAACUCCACGAACCCCGGCAACUCCACCAACCCUGGCAACUCCACGAACCCCGGCAACCCCGGCAACUCCACCAACCCCGGCAACUCCACGAACCCCGACAACUCCACCAACCCCGGCAACUCCACGAACCCCUCUCCUCCUAGCCCAGGCACCGACAACACCACCAGCUCUGAGGGCAAUGCCACAAAGGCUACAACUGUCAGCAGCACAACUGCUGGUCCCACAAGUCCUUGCAGAGACAAUCCCUGUGAUGGUAGUUCUUCAUGUGUGGCCUUGUAUGAUAGGUAUUUUUGCCUGUGUCCUGAAGGAUAUUACUAUUACUCACAAACAUGCAUGAAAGGAAAGACAUUCCCUGGAGAGGUCACGGUAAAUGUCGCAGACACAUCUGACUUGGAAGAUAAGAACUCUGCAGCGUAUCAAGACUUAUAUGCCACUCUUACCAAUUUUUUUCAAGAUGCGUUUAACGAUACUGAUUAUGGACAGACUGUAAUUCUGAAAGUAAGCACAUCCCCUUCUCUGUCAGCAAGAUCUGAGGUGCGUGCUGGUGACAACGCUGUCCAUGUGAAAGUAAUAAACAUUUUCUCUCAAAAUUCAAGCAAAAAUGCAAGUACUGUGUCCAAUGAAAUUAAAGCAGCAGUUGCCAACUCAGAUAUCAUUGCAGCAUAUAGUGGGCAAGAUCUCUGUGACUAUUAUGGCUGUGUAAAGCAAAACGAUCAAGAUGAUUGCAGUGAUGGCUUGUCAUGUGUAUGUAAAGAAGGACUGGGCAGACCCAACCCAUUCGUGGGUUUUUGUCUUGCAAAGUGUCCCGAUGACUGCAACGCUGAGAACAAUAAGCAAUGCUUAAUGACCCAGGAGGACCAGAGUCCCAGCUGCACCUGCUUGCCGGGCUACAAAGACGAUGGCAGAGGGAGCUGUGAAAAGUGUGCAUUCGGCUACAGCGGAGUGGGCUGCAAAGACCCGUUUCAGCUGGUUCUCACUAUCGUGGGCACCAUCGCCGCCGUCCUCAUCCUCAGCCUGGUGAUUGCGGUGAUCUGCUCCACAAGAUCCAAGAACAAAAGGAAGAACAUAGAGGAGCAGAAUCUGAUUGACAACGACUUUCAGAACCUGAAGCUGCAGCAGACGGGGUUCAUCAACAUGGGUGCUGAAGGGAGUCUGUUCCCCAAAGCCAGGACGGGGCCCCCCCGCAGCGCUCAGCCACAAAACCCCUACACAAACCAGAGGGGCCUACCCCGCCCCGACUACUAGAACAGAAGUCUGGGGUCGUCCAUGUACCUGGCCCGAUGCCUGAGCUGCUGUUUGGUGAAGAGGCGAGAUCCGGUGAAUUGUGGCCUCCAGGAUCUCUCUCCCACCCCGUCCGCCAGCCUCUCUGAAUGGAAGUUGUGAGCGCUAGGAGUAUAGCUUGCUUCCCAAAUUAGAAUCUGCAAAAUUAAAGGCACAUGGACACUCAGCACUUGUGAGGUGGCUGCUUUUCUCCAGUCUGUGUGGACUCGUGAGACAAUGCUUUGGUCUUUCCUCCUGUUGGGCUGCGGUAACCAUGUCCAGUCCAGAGGACAAGCCUCGGUGUGGGUCACUCCUGGGAGGAACCUGUGCCUGACCCGCACUGAUAGCCCACGGGUGAGCCACCCAGAGUGCCGGGGGGACAAGAAUUGCCAUCUUCUUCCAUGGCUCACUGUGAUAAGGUAAGGUAGGGCUCCUACUUCUAGCCCUCCGGUCAAGGGAUUUUGGCUACCCUGACACUGCUAGGAGCUUGCAACCUAGCCUCACCCUACGAGGACAGGAAAGAGACAGCCUUUGCAGGAGCACCGACUGGACAGCCAGGAACUUUUUGAUGUUAAUUAGGCGGCUGGGACUAGAUAGGCUUAAAGUGCUGGUCCAUGGGAGGGGCGGGGUGAGGACAGGGGGCAGCAGCCAGGGUCCACCUCCUCCCCUGCAUUGACCCUUCUCCCAGGAGCGAGCAGGCCUUUCUUCUGAUUCAGCCCUCCCCAAGACGCGGGGCCUGGGAGAAGCUGUGCAAGCAGGAACUCCAGCCAAGAGAUCCUUCGGCACCUUUGAUGUUGCUGAUGUCCCCUUUGGCCGAGGGUGGGAGAGGGAGCGAGUGCCGGGUGUGGGGAGGAAGGAGAAGGGAGGUGUUCUGGUGUCCAAACUUAGCAGGUCGCUUCCAGAGGGGUGUCACUGGGGCCCAGCCUCCCCUGGAGACAGAGGCUUCAUUGUAACUCCCCCACCACACACACCCAAGAGUGGGGGCAACCACGCCCAGCACAGGCUUUACAAAAUGUUAGUAGCAUCCUUGUCUAAUGUCUGGUCCCUGUGUAAGAUAUUUUUAUUCAUU